AUGGCAUGGGACAAGGGCCUGGCCAGCCUCCUUCUCGUUUUCACUCUUCUUCAAGGAGCGAUGACCGAGACCACAGAAGAGAAAAUCACACUAGAAGUGGUUGAUCAAGAAGAUGGGUCGGUGGUUCUGAUUUGUAAACUGAAAGAUGACGGAAUCGUCUGGUCUAAAAAUGGGCAGAAUAUCAGCAUCCCAAUAAACACAAAGGACAAGUGGAACUUGGGAAGUAGGACAAAGGACCAUCGCGAUUUUUUUCAGUGUCAUAACUCAAAGGGCUCUUCAAACAUACUCCAGCUGCACUAUAGAAUGUGUCAGAACUGUUUGGAGCUAAAUACAACCAACAUACUCGGCUUUGUCUUUGCUGAAAUUUUCAGCAUUUUCUUCCUAGCUGUUGGGGUCUACUUUAUUGCUGAAUAUGAUGUAGUUCGCCAGUCAAGAGCUUCCGACAAGCAGACACUGUUAGCCAAUGACCAGCUCUACCAGCCACUCAAGGACCGAGGAGAUGAUCAGUAUAGCCACCUUCAAGGAAACCAGCACAGGACAAAGUGA